AUGAGCGGGUCAGACGGGCAGAACAACUUCGUCAAGAAGCUCAACGACCUCAAUCCCUCCACCGUCUCAGUCCAGACGCUCUCGAAAUGGAUGAUCUUCAACUACAAACAUGCUGCGAACUUGGUGCGGACAUGGCAGAGGGAGAUCCUGCAAGUGAAGCCGGAAAGGAAGCUGACCUUUCUGUACCUGGCGAAUGACGUGCUGCAGCAAAGCCGCAAGAAACACCAGGAGUUCUUGAACGAAUUCGCCAAAGUCCUUCCAGGGGUCCUUGCAGAUGUUGCGAAGAGCUGUGAUUCGAAUCCAAAGGUGAAGGAAUCGUCCGCGCGGCUCAUCAUGAUCUGGGAGGAGCGAGACGUGUACAGCAAAGACUUCUUGCUCAAGUGCUCGGCUGCACUGAAAGGAGAGUUGGCUGUAUCCAGCAAAGACACUGGCAGCACGCCCGACAUCAAAGAGAAGGCGGAGAUCCUGGAGCCGGUCGCCAAGUUGAACGAGGUGCUCUUGCGGCAUAAGAAUCUGAGCAUUCGGACGGACGACAGUCACUCGAAGAUCGAGAACCUACCGCCGGAGAUCUUUCAAGUGAACCCUGAGGAGACGACGACUUCAGACGUCUCGUAUAACAUCGCUGUUUCUGCCAGCCAGGUCUUGGAAACUGGUGUGGCAAAUAGAGAGGAGUUCAAGAAGUUAACGACUCAGAGCAUCGAGAUCCUUCGCGAUCUCCUGAAGGAUCAGAUGGCGAAAUUUCAGGAGAACGAAAAGUGGCUCACCGAGCAUUCAGCGGUUCUGGCGAGCCUGAAGCUGUACAUGUCCAACAUAUCCAGCACAGCAGCGCCGGGCGGUGCAGGAGGAGGGGGAGGAGGCCGGCCUCCUCCUUUGGCUGACAGCGACGAGGACGAGCCGAGCCCGAAGAGGCCGAGAGGAGAAAACUGGGCAGGAGGAGAGGAGAGCGUGCAGGAGCAGCCGCCAACUGAGGUGCCCAUGGCGGACACUGCAGGAGAGGACUAUGAACCAUAA